AUGGAGAGUACAGGUAUCAAUCAAAACGCCGGGCAUCGUCAAUGGCACUGGGCCGGUCGUGCCACAACUCCGAAUCCAAGAAAGCCAGCUAGAGAAUCCAAGAAAAGACCAGAGGCAAAGCUUGGGCGAAAUCUCAUCGCUGCUGAGCCCCUCGACCUCGAGCAGCACGCCCUUCUUGGCGUAGUGCUCAAGCAGGGGCUCGCUCGUCUCCUGGAAGCGGCGGAAGCGCGCGCGGUAGACCUCCUCGGUGUCGUCGGGGCGCUGCACGAGGGCCUCGCCCGUCACGUCGUCGCGGCCCGGCACGCGCGGGGCGUUGAACGUGGUGUUGUAGACGCGGCCCGAGGGCUCGUGGACCCAGCGGCCGGCGAUGCGCUCGAGGAUGACGGAGAAAGGCGUCUUGAUGGAGACGGCGAGGUUGAUCGGGAUGAUGGUGUCGAGCGUCGUGGCCUGCGCGGCGGUGCGGGGGUAGCCAUCGAGGAUGAAGGAGGCCGCGGGGUCUUCGGAGGGUUGCGCGCCGGCGUGGGCCGUGACGGGCCACGCCCCAAAGUCGUCGAGCUCGCGCGACUCGGGUGCCGUCGUAGCCUCGGAGGCGAGCGUCAUGACGGGGCCGUCGCCGAGCCAGCCGCGGGUGCGCAGCUCGCCGGAGAUGAGGCGUACCAUGAGGUCGUCGGCGACGAGGCCGCCCGUCUUGAUGGUGUUUUCGGCCAUGAUCGGCGUGCGCGUCUUGACAUUGUGCCGCAAGAGGUCGCCGGUGCUGAUGGACUGGAGCUGGGGGAAGCGCUUGAGCAGGCGCUCGCUCUGCGUGCCCUUGCCGACGCCGGGCGCACCGACGAGGAUCACUCUUGCGGCUCUGCGGAGCUGCAUGCUAUGCGGCGCGCCAAUGUCGCUCCGUCGGCUGUUGGCGGUGUCGAAAUGUCGAUGUACAAGAACGCUUCGCAGUCAACAGGGCAAAUGCAAUCCGCGGGCAGGCAAUGCGUGGAGGCGCGGGACGUCGUAGGGCUGGCGAUGAAGGGACGAAAGUGUUGA